CUCUUAUGUCAAACACUUCGGGAUCAUAUGACACUGAUUGAACAUGGCUUCUGUUCAGUGGCACUCUCGGGCCCGUAAAUAUGAGGGUGAGUUGCAGAUGUGUCGUUUGGAGGUUUCAGCAGUGGAUUUCAGUGACUAUCAUCCACUUAAAGCAAUCACGGUGACAGAUUCUAAAGCUCGCCGUAGUGGGCGGAAAGGCAGCACUUCCUCCUCAUCUUCCUCCUCUAGUUCUGUGGCUCUGGAUCCACUCAGCUCAAUGUUGGAUGGGACCGACCCACUCUCUCUUUUCGCUGCGGCAUCUGAGACACCAACUCUCCCACACAGCAUCUCUGCUGGGGAGUUGGGACGUAAACGUAGGGAGAAAGAGGAGGAAGUGGGCUCAGACUUUGAGCCGUGGUCAUCUAAACGUGGAGAGAUCCUGUCUAGAUUCACCACCACAGAGAAACUGUCUAUAAAUCUCUUCAUGGGCUCGGACAAGAGUAAAGCAUCCAGUCCCAGCUCAGCGGUGUCAGAGAAGGUGCGCACUCGUCUGGAGGAACUGGACGACCUGGAGGAGGGCUCACAGAGGGAGCUGCUUAACCUGUCCCAGCAGGACUAUGUCAACCGCAUCGAAGAGCUCAACCAGUCUCUGAAGGAGGCCUGGGGUUCAGACCAGAAAGUCAAAGCUCUGAAAAUUGUCAUCCAGUGCUCCAAGCUGCUCUCUGAUACGUCAGUAAUUCAGUUCUACCCCAGCAAGUUUGUUCUCAUCAGUUCAGAUAUGUGUACAGGUAGCCUGGUGUAUGACAGGAUCUGGUCCAUAUGUGCUGACCCUCAUCCUCUACCAGAAUCGUUCUCCGCUGAUGAUGUGAAUGACACAGCCAAAGAGACGUGCCUCAACUGGUUCUUUAAAAUCGCCUCCAUCAGAGAGCUUGUCCCUCGAUUAUAUGUUGAAGCUGCUCUUCUGAAAUGCAACCGCUUCUUGACAAAAUCUGGGAUUCAGGAGACACUGCAGAGACUGACAGCGAUGAUCAGAGGAAUAGGAGACCCGCUGGUGGCUGUGUACGCACGGGCAUAUUUAUGCAGGGUGGGGAUGGAGGUGGCGCCGCAUCUGAAGGACAGUCUCAAUAAGAAUUUCUUUGACCUGCUGGCCUCGUUCCGUCAGAUUCAUGGUGAAAGUGUGCAGAAUCAGUUGGUGCAGCAGCGGGUGGAGAUUCCCAUCUAUCUGACUCUCUAUUCGCCUGCUAUACACUGGAUCCUGCAGUGUGUGGCAUACAGAGCACCAGAGGUUCUGCUAACAGAGAUGAUGGAUAGAUGCAAGAAGUUGGGCAACAAUGCUCUCCUGCUGAACUCUGUCAUGUGGGCAUUCCGGGCAGAAUUUGUUGCAAUGAGAGCUACAGACUUUAUUGGCAUGAUCAAAGACUGUGAUGAAGCUGGAUUUCCCAAGCACCUGUUGUUUGCGUCUCUGGGUCGCAGUCUGUCCUGUGCUGACCCUCCAGAGAGUGAGAGACUCUCCAUACUCAACGAAGCCUGGAAGGUCGUCACUAAAGUGCGCAGUCCAAGGGAUUACAUCAACUGUGCUGAGAUCUGGGUGGAGUUUACCUGCCGUCACUUCACGAAACGGGAAGUGAACACCGUUCUUGCUGACAUCAUUACUGUGAAUCAGUUAGCGAUGGAGACCAGAUGCGUAAUGAAAGGCAAUCACUCACGAAAAACGGCUUCUUUUGUCAGGGCAUGUGCUGCCUACAGUUUCAUCACCAUUCCGUCCCUCACCAGUAUCUUCAGCCGUCUCAACCUCUAUCUGCUGUCUGGACAGGUAGCGCUGGCCAACCAGUGUCUGUCCCAGGCGGAUGCGUUUCUGAAGGCAGCAGUCAGUCUUUUGCCAGAAGUCCCACGAACCAUCAGCAUUGAGGGUAAACAGCGGUCAUCUGAGCCCUUCCUCCUCGACUUCAUUAACAACUUCCUCUCCACACUGCUCGUAGUGCCGGAUCAUCCGGAGCAGGGUGUGCUGUAUCUGGUCCGAGGGCUGUUGAAUAUGGUGCAGGACUACACCUGGGAGGACAACAGUGACGCUAAGAUCCGCGUCUACAUCAGCGCUUUACCAUUACUAGCAGCAAUGAGCCAAGAAAGCUAUCUCUACACCAUUCCUAAAGUGGAUUCCAAUGAAACCCUCUAUGGAGGAGAUCCCAAGUUCAUCGCAGAGAUCAACAAGUUGUGUGAGACUCUGAUCGCUCAGGUUCUGGAUCAUUUAAAGGGUCUGGGCCGAGAUGAGGGAGUGCGCAGGCAGGGCAGUCUGGCUUUCUCUCUGUUUGGCUGUCUGUUGGCUCAUGGUGAUCUACGCAACAACAAACUCAAUCAGCUGGCUGUCAACCUGUGGAACCUCAGCCACAAGCAUGGCUUCUGUGACACGCGCACUUCGGUUCGGACUCUCGAGUACAUCAAACAUCAGGCACAGCUGGCAGACUUGAGCCAUCUCUCUGACAUGACUGCACGUCUGUCUCUGCAGUCCAGAGCCUGACAGACUGUCAGAAACCCUGAGAACAUUUGACAUUCAUAUAUCAAGUGUUAUUGAAAUGAUUACUAAAACGAACCUGUAGUUUCCUAUUGGUUCCCUCAAACUAGUCUAAAAUCUGAAUAUUUCUGAAUAGUAUUUGUCUAUGUCAGUUUGCACUCGUUUUUGUACAGUUUGUGUGCCUAACCAGGUAUUAUGUAAUAAAAUGCUUUAA